GACAUUUUUCUUACUACCCUGAAAAAUUAAAUAAGAUAUGAUGAAUAAUAGCAAAACAAUGGUUGUCAUAGUAACGUGAAUACGGGUUCUGCGGAGCAAUUUCUUACUUUAAUAAAAAUGUUAUAAUGCAAUGAAAUUGAUUAAGAUUAAUGCUGCAUAUGUCUUUCUUUGCUAUGGCUGAAAGUCACGACAAACAUAACAACGACAUACACAAAUAUGAUACCAUGGCAACAGUAGUCUAUGACAUCACAGACAGAUGAUACAACAGAUGGAAUGAUCCAGAAUGAUCCAUCAGACACUGCUCCAUGACAUCAUCAAAAUCAUGGCUGCCAGGAUUGCCAAUGGAAGCAAAAUGAACAAUGAAAUGAAACAACAAUUGAGAAGUAGCAUCAGAUACAAUGUGUUGCAUAGGUCGCAAAUGGUGCAGGAUACUAUCCAGAAAACGCUGGAGAUGGAGGUUCAAGGCCAGUCAGCGUAUUCUCCUGACAAGGCACCGUGCGAUUUUGGGGUAUUUUCAUGUUUGAAAAAUGAUCUGCGUGGUAAGAUCCACGCAAAUAUCCAUGAGCUUCAGAAUGCCGUUCAACGUUCGCUGACAAAGAACUUUCCAGAUGACUUCCACAGGAUAUAUCAGAAGUGGAUAGAACGAUAUCAGAAGUGGAUAGAACGACAUCAGCUGUGUGUGAAAGCUAAGGGGAACUUUGAACAUGAAAUAGAAUGCUAACUUGAAAGUAGAAAUGUGGAGUAGCCACAGAACUAUGGUUGAAAUAUAGACAGGACAGAAACUAACGUUAACAAAAUCUACUAUGCUGUGAACUUAUAAAAUUGCUCCGCAGAACCCGUAUUCGCGUUACUAUGACAACCACCAUUUUGCUGUUAUUCAUUAUAUCUUGAUAAUUUUUUCAGGAUAGUUAGAAAAGUGUCUGAUGCUUCUCCACCGAAAAUUUGAACAAUGAUAGACAAGAAAUAAAAGUUUGAGAGCAAAAUUAGCUUUACUUACUGAACGCCCUGUAUUUGUAAAAUUGGGGAACAUUGAUGUAAAAUCUGACUGACAAACAUUGUACUCUACAUUCUACGACAAAAUAUAACUGAUAAUAAACAACACAAUACAAUACAUAACUGAGAAUAACAGUUUACAAAGUAACAUCAAAAAAUAACUUCCCAGACACUCAGAAUAGCACGAUUC